AAGCCAGCAAGUGGUAUUCAGAGUGUCCAACCCAAAGGCGAUCCGUAGACCGACAACAACAAUGGCACCUCCAAACUUUAACGUUACGAAUGCCCGUCAGAAACUCGCCACACUGCGAACGGGCACCGCGGAUCCAGUCUCGGUUGGCGCAGAAGAUCUCCCACCGCACUACGAUCCUGCCGAGGUCCUCUCCCAUGGCUCUCACCUCCUCAAGACUGCUUCCUUCGGCGAUAUCGAGAGGUUUGCCGUCCUCGAACAAGUGUUCGUUGCUGCCCUUGACACAGGAAACAUUGAUAUUGCGAAGACUCACCUUGCAACAAUCGAGAAGCGCUUCCCCUUCAAGUCCUCCGUCCGUGUACAACGGCUGUAUGGCUUAUUGAAGGAAGCCGAAGGUGACUUUGAUAAGGCAAUCGAAAUUUACCAAACUGCCCUCGAACAGGACGAAAUAAAUGUGUUGACCCAUAAGCGACUAGUAGCCGUGUUAAGCUCCCAAGGCAAGCGUACGGAAGCUAUCGAACGACUCGUGACGUAUGUGGACGCUUUUAUGCAGGACGUGGAGGCGUGGGCCGAACUUGCAUCACUUUACAUUGGAGAGAGCAUGUAUCAACAGGCCGCAUUCUGUUUCGAGGAGCUUUUAUUGCUACGUCCUCAGAACCAUCUUUAUCACAUCCGCUAUGCCGACCUGUUGUAUACCCUGGGGAAGCUCGAUCUUGCCGUCAAAUAUUACUGCUCUGGUUUGGAGCUAUGUAAAGACAAUUUGCGGGCAUUAUAUGGGCUCCGUCUGGCAUCGAGUGCACUACUAGACCAACGCUCAAAGCAGAGACCGUCUGGCAAAGGUUCAAAAGGGACAUCGUCAGUGGUGAGCGAUAAUAAGAACCAAGAUGUGGAACCUGUUGAGGAGGGCACGUUGGUGGCAUUGCAAAAACUUUCUGGGGACAGAUUGUCGGCGUUGUAUGAGAAGCAAGGUAAAGAGGGGGCAACGCUGGCAUUAGUUGCGAAAGGAUGGCUACAAUGUCAAGAGUAGAAACAUGAGUAUUUGCAUAUCAGAUGAGCCUUACGGAACUGUCUCUAUUCCCAGUUGCACAAAUAGCACUGCACAGAUACAUUCGAUUACAGGAACAC